AUGCUGGAGCAUUUGAGGGACAACACCCAGGAUCCAUCUGGGGACCUCUCCCAGCACCCAGGAGAGGGUGUCCUGCAGCUGGCUCGUCUGUGCAACCAGGGCAGUGUGCCUGGGCUCGUGUGGGAGGUUGCAGGUCCAAAAGCCCAGGAGGAGGAGAAGGAGUCAGAGGAGUCUCUCCUAGCAGGACAGAAUAAGAGCUGUGUGUCUGGGGUGCCGGAGGAGAAGGAGAGGUGGGCAGGCACGGCUGAGUUCUUGCCCAGCAAGGAGGAGAGCGUUGCUGGUGCCGGGCAUCCCAGUGAGGAGGUCAACCCGAUGUGUGCUGUGGAGGGAGCGGGCACCACCUCUGCCUGCACAGAGGGCAGCACCAGGGCUGAGAGCAGCUUUGGAGGAGCUGGCAAGGAUCUGGCAAGUGGCAUGUGGGAGGGGGCUCUCAUUCAGAGCCGCAAGCCCCCACCAUCCCUAGAGCUGCUGUGCGGAGGCAUAGAGGUGCUUUUGCCUGCAGCCCGGGAUGAAGAGUUGGUGAGAGCAGAUGAGGACGUGGAGUCACUGCAGCAGCACCGGUGCAGCCAGGAGGCUGAGGAGGAGGAGGGAGGUCUCUUCAGUGGUUCCCCAAAGGCAGAGCAGGCCAGUGCUGGGACCCCAGGCGAGGUCAGCCCGGGUGCCGAGGAGAGCUGGGACGCGCUGUUCAAUGACGAUGGGGACUGCCUGGACCCGCGUUUGCUGGAGGAGCUCUUGGGGGGUGAGAAGCUCCGGGAGAGCCAGCAGUCACCCCGCUUCGACUACUACUGCGCCGAGCCCGCCGCACCAGACCUCAGCGAUGACGAGCUGCCCCACGUCAUCGAGAUCUAUGAUUUUCCCUCGGAUUUCCGCACCGAGGAUCUGCUGCGUGUCUUCUGCAGCUAUCAGAAAAAAGGCUUCGAUAUUAAGUGGGUGGAUGAUACACACGCACUGGGCAUCUUCUCCAGCCCCAUAACAGCACGCGAUGCCCUCAGCACCAAGCACCUGAUGGUGAAGACACGUCCGCUCUCCCAGGGCACCCGUGCCUCUAAAGCCAAAGCCAGGGCAUAUGCUGACUAUCUGCAGCCAGCCAAGGAGCGCCCCGAAACGUCCGCUGCCUUGGCCAGGCGGCUGGUGAUCGGCGCCCUAGGGGUACGCAGCAACCUGACACCAGCCCAGCGAGAUGCGGAGCGGAGAAAGCUGCAAGAAGCCCGGGAGAGAAAGCGCCUGGAGAACAAGCAGCGGGAAGAUGCCUGGGAGGGCCGGGACUGA